AUGCAAGUGAUACCCCAACCUGACCCACAAGCCCCACCAAUAUUUUCCAAAUUGUAUAUUUGUCUUGAUGCAUGUAAGAGAGGGUUUAAAGCUCGUUGCAGGCCAUUAAUUGGCCUGGAUGGUUGUUUUUUAAAAGGAUAUUAUGGAGGACAGUUGUUGAGUGCAAUUAGCGAAGAUGCAAACAAGAGCUUCUAUGUCAUUACUUAUGCAGUGGUAGAUAGUGAAACAAAAGAGAACUGGAAGUGGUUUUUGACUCUGUUACAAGAAGACAUUGGCAACCAUGGAGUCUAUGGUUGGAACUUUAUUUCUGAUCAACAAAAGGGUUUGAUUCCAGCACUGCAAGAGGUCAUGCCUGGUGCACAUCAUCGAUUUUGUGUGCAACAUUUCCAGAAAACAAUGCAACAUUUGAAAGGAUUAAAUGAGGCAGCAUGGAAGUAUUUAGAUAACAUUGAUCCCUCAAGUUGGGUAAAGGCAUAUUUCAGUCACUGGCCCAAAUGUGACAACAUAACAAACAUGGCACAGAUAUGGAAUGCCAAGAUUGUUGGUUAUAGGUCCAAACCAAUAUUCAGUCUUCUGGAGGAAUUGAGGUGCUACAUUAUGAGGAGGAUGACAACACAUCAAAGGGUUCUAAGAACUAUCAGGGGUAAAAUAGCUCCUGCUCAACAGAAGAAACUUGAUCAAAUAAAGUUGACUGGAUUGCCAUGUGAGCAUGCAGUAGCAGCCAUUUGUCACAAAAAUGAACCUCCUGAGAAUUAUGUGCAUCAAUGGCUUACAGUAGAUGCUUUGCAUGCCACUUAUGCACACACCUUGAACCCAGUUAAUUCAGACAAGUAUUGGCCUUCAUCUGAUGAACCCAAACCUCUUCCUCCAAAACUGAAAAGGCCAAUUGGGUGUCCUAAGAAACACAGGAGGAAGGACCCAAGUGAAGAACAAGGGAGCAAUACAAAGAAAGUGAAAAGGACCUAUGCAACCAAAUGUCCUAAAUGUGGUCAACAUGGACACUAUGCAAAGACAUGUAAGGGACCACCAACUACCAACAAAGGGAAGAGACUAGCAAGACCAGAAAAUGCAAUGAAUGUAAGGAUUGGAUCAAGCUCAGUAGAUGAAAUCCCAUUAAGUCAAGGAGGCCCUGCAGCAGUGGGUAAUUCUCAGCCACAUGAGGGAAACUUGAGAGGAAGCAGUCCACCUCCAUCAAAUCCACAACAGGCACAGGAACUGUUGAGUAAUGAAACUAUAAAUGUAGCAAGCAGUGCCACACGAAGCAGAUUAUUGGCCUUCAUGAGCACACCUGGUUUUAGGCCACCAAGACCUGCCUCAAGAAAAUGA